AAAUCCACCGUGGACAGCCCUCCCUGGCAGACGGAGUCCUCAGACCCUGCCUCGCCGGCGGCCUCUCAGCCGCUCAGAUCACAGGCCGAGAACCCCGACACCUCCCCACUGGGCUCCAACUGUGCAGAAGAGCUUGACGCCCACAACGGGUCUGCGGGGAAAGGCCCUGGGGAUCUAAAACCAAAGCGAGGCUCCCCACACAGAGGCAGCCUUGACCGCACAGAUGCCUCCACUGAUCUGGCCGUGAGGUCCUGGCCCUCGGAGCCGGGUUCCCGGACCUGCUCAACUUCAGCCACCACUACAGCCCCUUCCAGCUCCACCCCCAUCGCCCGGCACCCAGGCUGCACCAAAGGCUAUAACUCAGAAGACAACCUCUGUGAGCCAUCCCUGGAGUUUGAGGUCCCCAACCACAGGCAGUACGGGGGCUGA